AAGCAAGACCUAGUAAUGCCAGCGUGUCAUCGUCCACAUUCGAUGCCAUCGCAAAAAGAACUGAAGACCGCUCCGAUAUACCGGAACGUCCCCAUACACGCUACCAAUGUUCGGUUGACCUGCGCGGGCAUACCUGCACAGAUUACCUCUCCGGUAGACCGUAGAGUGUAUGGCCGGCAUUAGUUUGACGGAUGAUUCCUAAACGAACGACGGAAUAGCAACUGCAAGACCGAAUCUCAUUGAAUCUCAUUCAAGGCCAACUUUUGUUUUGAAGUUGAACGUUGUGUAUGGUGUUUGCUGAAACUAUAAUUCCAUUUUAUACGAUGAGAACCAGCCACCGGCAGUUUACCGUUAUGAUUGAAUUCAUGGAAAAGCAUGGCGAUAUAUCUAAAUCCAACGGAAGUAAUCGUGAUAAAAUUGAUAAGCUGGAAAAAUGGGUGGAGUUAGUAGAUCUGCUGAAUAGUGAGAGCUCCGGGGAUGCUCGAACAGGGGAAAAGUGGCGGAAGGUUUGGUGUGAUUACAAAAAUAAUACCAAGAAAAAGUGGUUAAAAAUUAAUAGGCAAGCACGGGAGAAUUGGAGACUGAAGAAAAAAAUGACAGACUUGGAGAUCAGGGUUUUAAAUAUAAUUGGAGUGCAGACUGCUACUGGGAUGCCCACACAAGAAGCAGAAUUCAUACAGACUGAUGCUGUGGAAGAAGAUGAUACAUCGUCAGUUCUACAAGCACCGGCCACAGAAUCGGAAGACGCAUUGACUGCAGAUGAUGUUCUUUAUGAAUUUACACAUAUUUCUGAAGAUGAAUGGAAAAAUCCAAGAACAAUCAGUCAACCUGCAGUUACUGCACCUGUUCCUGAUCCUUCUCCGCAGCCACCACAUACACCACCAUCUCUAGCACAAACCGAUUGGGAACCACCAACAAAAAAGAAGAGGGAAGAAGAAGAAAGAAAGAAAGAAGAAGAGGAAGAAAAAGUCUCAGUGUUAAAACUGUUUAAAGAGUAUGAAAGGAAAGCUAGAGACUGUGAAAGGGAGCGUGAGCGAAAUGCACAAGAGUUAGAAAGAGAGAGAAUCCGUCAGCGCGAUGUGGAGUUGCAGUUACAAGCUCAAUGGUUGCAGUUAAUGAAAGAUGCGUUAGGGGUAGUGAAAUCUUAUUUAGGUAUAAAACGUUAGAGAAUUAUAACGUAUAUUAACAGAAAUAUUUAUUAUCAAACUUUAUGGAGGCGAAUCAAGUACAUGAUGAGUGAGAUCAAGUAUUGGAAUUGUAAUCAUUAAGAUUAUUUUUUUAUAAGAAACAGGUAUUGUGUAUCUGGGGAGUUUGAUGCGCCACUUCUUCCUAGUAAUAACAUGUAGGAAGUGGUGUAGGGUGGGCGUUUUAAGGCUGUCUCAUGUAAAGGGCUUAUUACAUUUGACUAAAUUCAGUCGUCUAAAUAGGUUUGUCUAAUUAGGUUUCUAAAUGAUUCAAU